AUGUCACAAAGCUUCCAGCCAAGAGUGUUCGACCCUCAUCGCAUUGAGAGCAUGGCCGAUGACUAUUGGCCUUCAGAUGAGAGAGAGCCAACUCGCCGCCUGGGACGAGAAAGUCGAAGGCAUCCCUCAACCCUACACCCUGAGUUAAGCCCCACUGGAGACUAUGAAUGGCCCUCAAAUAAUGAAAAAAGCGAGCGACACUUACCUCACUUUACCCCGGAGUCGAGCCAAAGCACAUUGGCUCCGUCAGACACCGCAUCUCCACGGGCUCAAGACAGUGAGACCUCAUCAGCCCGGUCAACCCCAUCAACCCCAGCAACAACGGCAAGGUCGCAAAGUUCCCAGGGCUCGCAAGUCGGUUCCAGGAAGCGACCAAUUGACUUGACAGAUGAGCCUGAGUUACAGUACUCCGUGUCCAAGGACCCCGCGCAGGAUAAUGAAGUGCUGGGUAACAAAUAUCCAGUUGCUGAGACCAUAAUUGACCUGUCUGCGAAUGACGAGGCAGUGAUUGACCUGACAGAUAAGCUCAGCAGAGUCGGCGAGACCUUCAAUAUUGACCCUGCGGAUUGCAUGACUGACGACGAGUUCAAUACAUGGUUACCCUGUUCCCCGAGAGAGCGCUCCACACACGAGAUCCAGGAAGCCGUUGUCGAUGGCAUUGUCUACCGACCUUCAAUGUCGCUGAAGCUCCACGACCGCUCCUAUUUGCGCAUUGAGCAGAUUCGCCGCCGCCGCGGUCAAUAUUUCCUCUACGGUCGUCACCUUCUGGAGAUGACAGAUCGUCGCACUGAGAACUAUAUGCCCAAAGUGAAGGGCGAAUUGGUCUGGGUAGUCAACUCAGUAGGACCCGUUUCUCUGGAUGAAGUCGCCGGCCACCGAGAAAUAAGAUUCACCAACGAACGCACCGAUUGGUAUGAUCAUGAGGACCUGGUCUGUCGACUCAAGAUGACCGUCAGGCUUCGGCACGAGCCACCUGUUCGCCGUCGCGAUCCGUUAAAUGCGGAUGAGCGAAUCAUUGAAUACCUCUCAUUUGAUGAAAGUGAUCCCGGGCAAAGGUGGGCAUCAACAGACUUGCGCGAUAGCUGGCGCGGUCCUGGUGAGACCGUACCGUUCGGCGCAGUCGAAGUAUCGUCUGCUAUGCCAGAGAUUAUAGAUCUGGAAGACACGUCUCCGCCCAACUUUGAUCUCACAGGGUUACGAGAUCGUGCAUACACCUUCGGCGAUGCUUACUCUGGUGCUGGUGGCGCUUCAUGCGGGGCCCGACAAGCUGGGCUUAUCAACACAUGGGCUUCGGACAUCAACUGCCAUGCGGUUGAUACCUACCGCCGUAACUUCGAUGGCACAGUCAUCUUCCACGCCGAGUUUUUCCAACUGAUGGCAAUCCCGGAGUCGGAAUUGCGCGUAGACAUCGCCCAUUGUUCUCCACCUUGCCAACCAUUCUCGCCGGCACACACCGUGAACAACCAGACUAACGAUGAGCGGAACUCAGCCUGUGUCUUCACUGGCAGCGACCUGAUAAAGCGAGUCCGCCCGCGCGUUCUAACAAUGGAAGAGACCAACGGGUUGCACGAAAGAUUCAAGCCGGAAUUCAACCGGAUUAUCUUGAAUUUUAUCCAAGAUGGAUACUCGGUUCGCUGGUCAGUCCUGGAAUGCGUAUACUACGGCAUCCCGCAGUACCGAAAGCGCCUGAUGAUUAUUGCUGCCGGUCCCGGCGAGACUCUACCCGAGUUCCCACAGCCGACUCAUUCACUUCCAGGGGGCGGUUUAAAGCCCAUCGAAACAAUUCACCGAGCUAUCAACCAUAUCCCCCUCGGCACGCCGGACCACGACGUCGAGGCGGGUCUAGCACGCUGGCAGAGACUCGGCUGGCGAGACCCGUACAAUCCACACCAGCCUGCAAGAACAUUGACUUGCGCUGGCGGAGAGGCGAACUAUCAUCCGAGUGGCAGGCGUACGUUCACCUGCCGGGAAGUGGCAUGCCUGCAGACUUUCCCUAUUGAUUUCGAGUUCUCGGAGAAGAACGUUCGCAACCAGAUUGGAAACGCGGUGCCGCCCAAGUUUGCAGAGGCCGUGUUUCGGGAGAUCCGCCGAUCCCUACGUGAAACCGACGAAAAGGAGUUGCAGCAGAGGGAAUCGGGAGCGCUUCGGGUCGGCAUGUGA